AUGGCUGCCGCCUUCAAAAAGCUAGCCACUCAGACCGACGAGGACAAGCUCCAGGAACAGAGAGUGGAUGACCCUCAAUCAACUCCUCAGGCCAGACAAGCUGCUCUCGAUAUCCUUUUUCAAACCCAUGUGGCAGAUACGACAGCUUUGGGUGCUGCGUAUAGAACAUAUCACGCCCACAGGAGCCGGCUCCAAUCUGAUUCGGAGUGA